AUGGUUUGUGGGUUGUUUACAGAAGAAAGAUGGCGGACCCGCUGAUGUCGGUGGGAGUAGCAGACGUCGUGGCCGCCCUACUCCUGGGCUGUUUCUGUCUAAUAUGGUUCACCCACGUUAUAGCUCUUAUUUAUGGGAAAUACAAGUUGCACCGCCCCCCUCCCCCAGCCUUCCUGAUGAAGACAGAGGUUCCUGGUGUUUCUAUCCUCAAACCUCUCACAGGCGUCGACCCCAACCUCAGGAGCAACUUAGAAACCUUUUUUAAAUUAGAUUAUCCAAAGUUUGAGAUUUUAUUUUGUGUCCAAGACAAUGGGGAUCCAGUUAUAGACCUAUUACAGCAGCUAAUGAAGGAGUUCCCCUCGGUGCCCUGCCAGAUAUUUGUCGGAGGGGAGCGAGUUGGCAUCAACCCAAAGAUUAACAACCUGAUGCCAGGCUACGGAGCAUCCCAGUUCCCCCUGAUCUGGGUGUGUGACAGUGGCAUCAGAGUGAGUAGAGACACCCUGACAGACAUGGCUGGUCACAUGACAGACAACAUCGGAGUGGUGCACCAGCUGCCAUACGUGUGUGACAGGAAAGGCUUCUCCAGCCUGCUAGAGAAGGUGUAUUUCGGCACGGCCCAUGCCAGGAUGUACAUCUCAGCUAACGUGCUGGGGAUCCUGUGUGUGACCGGCAUGUCCAGCCUCUGGAGUAAAAAGGUCAUCGACGACGCCGGCGGUCUGGAGGUGUUCUCACAGUACCUGGCCGAGGACUACUUCAUGGCCAAGGCAGUGGUCGACAGGGGUUUGAAAGCUUCCAUGAGUAACCAGGUGGCCCAGCAGAACUGUGGGACAUACUCCAUCCGAGCCUUCAGCUCCAGGAUGAGCAGGUGGACACAGCUGCGAGUGACCAUGAUCCCGUUCCUGGCCAUGUGGGAGCCGAUGACGGAGUGUUUCCUCCUGGGGCUGAUCUGCAGCUGGGCCUUCCACCACCUGUUUGUCUGGGACCCUGUCACUUUCUUCAUCUUCCACAUCACUGCCUGGAUGAUCUCCGACUACCUGCAGUUCAGGACCUGCCAGAUGAUGGGAGCUGCGUCUGUAAACAAAUUUGAAUUCCUGAUCGCCUGGCUGCUGCGGGAAACCCUGACCUACUGGUGGUUCCUACGCGGCGCGACGUCACGCAGCAUCAAAUGGAAGACUGGCAAGUUCCGGUUAAGAUGUGGCGGUACCGCUGAAGAAGUAUGAUAGGGUCUAUUUUUGUAUUGGUUUAAAGAUAGUUAGUAAGGGACAGACUUAGCGUCAGUGUGUGAAACCACUAUAUAGCCUGAAUACAGGAUUAAAUGUGUUACUGUUUAGAAGCAGUGCAGAGUGUAUGAUACUAAGCGUACUUGUGAUACGUUUCUGUGGGUAAAGCCAGCUGUUGAAAUUUGCUGCCAAGAUUUGCCAGUGUCUGUGUCUGUAUGUGUGUGUACGAAUGCAGAAGUUACUUAUUUUUAAGGUAUGUUAGGCCACAGAUGCUACAUCAUGUAGUAUGCAGUAGGACAAGCAGGUUUAGAGUUAAAUUACAACAUUGAAGCUAGAAUGCUUGGUGCUUAGGCGUCAGCUGAAUAAAAUGGGUAUGAUGGUUUGAAACAUGUUCAUGUAGGACUAACCUUUAGUCAUGCAAACUGGGAAACAUGGACCUACAGUACAUCUGGUUAUAUCAACUGCAUAUUGCACAAACUACAAUGUACAUAAUAAUAAUAAUAUACAUUUUGUAUGUUACAGCAGCUAUAAUUGUAGUAUAUAAAAAUAGAAAAAGAAAAACAUGCAGGCACCAGACAAAUUUUACAUUAACCACUCAGAAUUUAGGAAGUAUGCAUCAUACUAAAAACUGU